UGUUCUGAGUAAUGGAAAAUCUAAAUGCUCCCUUGCUAUGGAUGUUAGUCUCUUUGGUGAUAAAGUUACAUAUGUAACUGAAUAUAUGAAGUCAAGUAAUAAGGAUAUGAAGGUUUUGGAUGCAGUUGUCCAGGAACUUGUUGACUACUGCAUUAGUGAUUAUCAUGGUUUCGAUCUCAAUGAGGUGUUGGUAUCUUUUGGCAAACCAUUUGAGAUUACAAGGAAUGAAUUCCUUUCAUUAGGUGCACCGGCUAUUGCUAUAUCUUCUGUUAUUAUUGAUUGUUGGGCUAUGUUGCUUAAUGAAAACCAGAAGAGUAGUGCACAUGGACCUCAAAAACUAUAUUUUGGUGUUUCUCAAAGUGCUUUUUUACUGAAAGUUGCAAACACAGAUAGUAACACACAAGACAUUGACAAGCUAUUUGACAUUUGGUCAAGAUGGUUGUUCAUUCCUUGCAAUGAUUUUGAUAUUGCAAAUGUUGAGUUGAUAUUUGUUCCUAUACUCUUGAAUGAGCACUUUUUCCUAAUUGUUGUGAAUUUGAAGGAAGAAAAGCUUCAGUUCAUUGAUAAUAUGAGUUAUGAUACAAAGUACAUGAGUGAGGUUGAGAAGUUCUCUGAUGUUCUGAGUGAUAUGCUGAGUACUUUUCUUGAUCAACGCCUUCCUCAAAGUAAUGACUCGGUGAAGAACAUGAUUGAGUAUACUUUGGAGUCACCUUCUGUAAAUUGGAAGUCUGGAAAACAGAAGAAUAAUGAUAGUGGCAUUUAUACUAUGGUCAGCAUGCUUUACUUUGAUGGAGCUGAUGUGUUCGACUGCGAUGUUUUGAAAACGGUUUCAACUAGACGGACAUUGAGAGCUCAGAUUGCUGCUACUCUGGUAUUAUCUGAUAUGAACAUUGUCAGAGAUGAAGUUCUUGAAAAGCUAUCUGAAUUCAGAUUAAUAAGGAGUCAAGUUGCAAAAGAUGUUUUUGAUGGGAUUAAGAAGAAAACAAAGCAAGGUAAAAAGGAAAAGAAAGUAUAGGCAGACUAACGAAUAUGUGGAUGAAGUUUUUUGCUCGGAAGUAUUUGUAUUUUGCACAGAAGUAGGAAAUCUAAUGUAAUGAUGUAGUUUGCAUCAACAAAUGGAUAAUCUAACAAAAUUGUAUAAGUGUUAAUAUAGAACAAUAUGAUAUGAUUCCAGUUCAUACAAAGCUUUUGAAUUGGUGGUAUUGGUAGUUCUUUUGAUAUGUAAUCUUUAAUUGACAUUCAAGAAGU